CUUAGCUCCUCCUCCCUCUUUCUGAUUCUUCUCCAUGCCACCGACACUCACACAGAUCCUCCUCGCGCUCUUCUUCGCCGCCGCGGCUGCUGCCGCGGCGGCGACCUCCGUCGAGAUCCCAGCGUUCCGGGAGGCGCCAGCAUUCCGCAACGGAAGAGAAUGCCCGAGGACUACAGCGGACAUCAAACAAGCUCACGACCCCUCCCUCAUCCACAUCGCCAUGACUCUAGACGCCACCUACCUCCGCGGCUCGGUCGCCGGCGUCUUCUCCGUCCUCCAGCACGCGUCGUGUCCGGAGAACGUCGUCUUCCACUUCGUCGCAACAUCAAACCGCCGCCACGAGCUCCGGCGAGUCAUCGCGUCCACGUUCCCGUACCUGAACUUCCGCAUCUACCAUUUCGACUCGAAUCUCGUCCGCGGCAAGAUCUCGUUCUCCAUCCGCCGCGCGCUCGACCAGCCGCUGAACUACGCGCGGAUGUACCUGGCAGACCUCGUUCCAGCGACGGUGAGGCGGAUCAUCUACUUCGACUCCGAUCUGAUCGUCGUCGAUGACGUGGCGAAGCUAUGGAGCAUCGAUCUAGGCUCGCGCGUGCUCGGCGCGCCGGAGUAUUGCCACGCGAACUUCACCAACUACUUCACGCACCGGUUCUGGUCAAAUCCUUCGUACUCAGCGUCGUUUAAGGAUCGCGGCGCGUGUUACUUCAACACCGGAGUGAUGGUUAUAGAUCUGUGGAAGUGGCGUGAGGGACGGUACACGCAGAAGCUGGAAAACUGGAUGCGGAUCCAGAAGCGGAGCCGGAUCUACGAGCUAGGGUCUUUGCCUCCGUUUUUGCUGGUGUUCGCCGGCGAGGUGGUUAGUGUGGAGCACCGGUGGAACCAGCAUGGGCUCGGCGGUGAUAAUCUGGAGGGUUUGUGCCGGGAUCUGCAUCCUGGUCCGGUGAGUCUUCUGCAUUGGAGUGGGAAGGGGAAGCCGUGGCUGAGAAUCGAUUCGAAGAAGCCGUGUCCGUUGGAUAGUUUGUGGGCCCCGUAUGAUCUCUUCCGCCAUGCUCCGUCGUUGUUUAGCGAUACGUGAUUUGGUUUUUCCGGUGAAGGUGUAUGGUACGGUUGUGGAGGUCAGUGGUAGCUGAUCGUGGCUCGUCGCGAAGGAGAGAGAGAGAGAGAGAGUGAGUUUGAAAAGACAGAUCGAGGAGGAAUGUGUGUAUGUGGAUAAAACGGUGGCGUAUUUGUGUUUUGGAUGAAACGGUGACGUUGGGAUUUGAUGUGAUGAUUAUGUACAUAUAGUAUUCGCUGAUAGAAACUAGUACUAGUACUAGUAUAGUGGUACGGUUUUCAGUGUGAGUUGUGCACUGAUUGAUUGUAUAAAAUCUUCUUCCACUAGAAGGAUUCGUUAGUUUCUUUUUUCUUUU